AUGCGCAUAAGAUAUACAUAUGUAACAUGUUAUGUAGUUCCACCCUUCCGCCUGGGUACGGAACCCGAGCGCGGCGGGAUAUGGUACAGCGAUUGUACAGGGCGGCAGCGGCGACGCCAUGUUUACAAACAAAGAGAUCAACGCUCGCCAAGUAGGUUACCGCAGAGGAGCGCCGCGUGCGCCUGCGACUGCUUAUUGCGCGGGUCGUGGUCUCUCGCCAAACGGCCGGCUCCCAAACGAGCACUCUGCCAUCAGCGCCCAAACGAGAAAGUACGCUGGUGCGGC